AGAAGAAACUCCAAUAGCCAUUCAUGCAAUUCGUGGCCGCCUGUAAUUUCUAACUAGAUUCUUUCUUUUGAAUAUUUUCUCUCUCAUCCUAAUCCUAUUCAUAAUCCUGAUCCUGUUGAUUUGCUUGAUGAUCCGUCUCAACUCCGAUCUCUUCUGAAGAGGUAACAAACAUAUCAUGGUUGAAGCAUGAUGACUGUUAAUAGCACUGUUAUUUUGGGCAAGAAAACUCUGAGUGAGACUAGUGCUUUGGUUAAAGGAAGAGGUUUUUUCGAAAUAAAGAGUUAUCGCGAUUUUGGUCUAAGAGGCUGUAGUAUUCUACUGAGGAAUAUCGCUCGCGAGUCUAACCAUAUAUCCACGAUUAAGUGUCAAUGUGGAUUAAAGGAAUACAUCUCGGCUGAUGAUGAGUAUCGUUCGUCGCGAAACAUAGCAAUCAGUUUAUUCAGGCGAUACAGAUACUGCGUGGAACGUGGAGGUGGUGACAACUUAAAAGAGUUCAUUAGUGCUGGCGUAAAUGCGUAUGCAUUGGGUUGCACCGACGAAGGACUAAGGAAGGAACUGAAAGACAUGAAAGAAUCUGGAUAUGAAUUUGACUCGACAACAAAGGCAACCCAAACUUUGGGACGGGGAAGCACUAGCCUGCAAUCCAAGAUCUUUUCAAAGGAGAUAGAUGAAUGUAUUCUGUGGUUGAGCAUUAUAUUCAUAACGAUACUGUGUACGCCUCAGCCAACCAUUGUUAGAUGGUCUUCGAUUCCUUCAGUUUCGGAUGAAAUAUUGGUUAAGUGGAAUGGGUUUUGUGCAAUCAUAGCUAAUGCAUAUUUUAUGAGAGGAAUGGCAUGGCUGCCGGUGAAGACACUACAACUCGAGCAGAUGGCAGUGAUUGGUAAUGCCGAAGAGCCAUCGGUUGUAGCCAGCCGGAUGAGACUUGUGUUUAGCACAUUAGAGGUUGUUUGUCCACAAUGGCCAAAAGUAUAGGUAACUUAUGCUCUGUAAAUGUAUCAAACUCUUAUAUAUGAAAACAAAAUAGAGAUCAACUGUAAUCUCAAUUUACUCGCGCUUCUUUUACCAAACCAAAGAAAGUGAUGUACAAAGGAAGGGUCAUUGAUUGAUUGUAUAUGAUAAUUUGUUCUUCAUC